GAAAGCUAUCGCCACGGCAACAGCAGCAGAGUUUAGCGGGCAGAAAUCUGCAGCUAGCAGAACACCAACACAAGAUUAAUUCAAUAAAGACGCAUCUUUUACACUAAAUACCGCUUUAGUUUGUUGCUAUGAACGAAUCAGUGGCCAAAAAGACCCAGGAGAGUUUGGGGAAAGUGAUUAAAAAGCCUCCACUGACAGAAAAACUGCUCAGCAAACCGCCGUUCAGAUACCUGCACGAUAUAUUCAGUGAGGUAAUUCGUACCACAGGCUUUAUGAAAGGACUUUAUGGAGAGGCAGAGAUGAAGUCAGAUAAUGUGAAGGAUAAAGACUCAAAAAUAGCAUUUCUUCAGAAGGCCAUCGACGUGGUGAUGCUGGUAAGCGGAGAGCCCUUGUCUGCCAAACCAGCUCGGAUCGUUGCUGGAUAUGAACCAGAGAAGACCAAUGAGCUGCUGCAGGCCAUUGCCAAGUGCUGCCUCAACAAGCUCUCCAGUGAUGAAGCUGUUAGGCGGGUGUUAUCAGGUGAAAAAUUUGACCUGAAGGGGAAGCCCAGCACCUCCAGAUCCCAGGACAAAGAGAACAGAGAGGGCAGGGAGCGUCACAGAGACAGAGAGGAGAGGAAGGGCAUCAAGGAGAGCAGUGGGAGCCGAGAGCAGAAAGACCCAGAUCAAUCCAAAGAUCAGGAGAGUAAAGACAAGGACAGACGACGAGAUGCCGAGAGGACUGACAAGGGACGAGAAAGAGACAGGACAAAAGACAGUAACAAGGACAAGAGCCGCGACCGGGAGAAAGACAAGACCCAAGAGAAGGACCGUGAGCGAGAGAAAGAGAAGGGACACAACAGGGAUAAGGAGAGAGAUAAAGAGAGGGAGAAGAAAAGAGAACGAGAACCUCAUAAAGACAGAGAGCGAGAACGAGACAAGGAGAGAGACCGCGAGCGAGAGAAACGACGGGAGAGAGAAAAAGAGAAAGUACGGCACAAAGAGACGGAGGAGAAGCUGAAGGACAGAGCCUUUAGAAAGAUCAGGGCAGAUAAGGAGACUUGCAAGCCGAAGCCUCACCCAGAAGAUGCAAGUAAAACCCACGAAGCUCAAGCAGAAGAGGCUGAGGGCGGUGAACUGGAGGCUGAGAGUCCUUCCCGGAUCCCAAGGCCCUCUUCAGCUAAAGGACAGCGACGGUGGCCCAAAACAGGGGUUCAAGAUGAGUCUAACAGUGAAGGAGAAGGGGAUGCUGCUCCAUCAGAGAAACCAGUUCCCAUUGAAAAUGGCGAAGCAACAGAUGCUUUGCCAUCUCAUAUGACACACAGAAGAUUAGCACGACCCAGCAGUGCUCGUCCAGCAGCCCCCCGCGUGAGGAGGCAGGAGAGCUAUGCUGACGUGACCCCAGCAGAGAGGCUGGGCAGUGGUAAGCCCCCCGCAGCAGUCAUUAUGGAUGGUAAGAAGCUCUCUGAAGAGGAAGAUGAUGAAGAUGGGCAGUUUGUAGUUGAGGAGGUUGCUCCACCUCCUGCUGACGUACGUGAAAUCGAGCAUAAUUCACUUGAACUGCAAGGGGACGAUAAACACGGUGGACUUGUGAAAAAGAUCCUGGAGACAAAGAAAGACUAUGAAUCAUCUCCAUCUCCAAAGUCAAAAGAUCAGGAUCGGAUGCUGGUGUCAGAGGCAUCUCGUAAGAAGGAACGUGAACUGGUGGCAAAGGAGAUCGAGCGUCUGCGUUCAUCUAUACAGACUGUUUGCCGCAGCGCUUUGCCCCUGGGCAAGAUCAUGGACUACAUUCAGGAGGACAUGGACUCAAUGCAGAAUGAACUACAGACCUGGCGCAAAGAGAACAAAGAGAACACACAGGCUCUGCAACAGGAACAAAGAAUCACUGACAGUGUUGUGGAACCUCUGAAGACUGAGCUCGCUGAACUUGAGCAGUUAAUCAAAGACCAGCAGGACAAGAUCUGCAUGGUCAAGUCCAACAUCUUGAAGAAUGAGGAGAAGAUCCAGAAGAUGGUGUCCAGCAUCAGCUUCUCCUCACCAACGUGAACAUAUCAAUGCAUUCCAAAUAAAAGCCGAAGCACUGAGCAGUGGGUGACGUUAGGCCAGAUGUCUUGUUUGCACUGUUACUGGGCACUGGAGAAAGUUCAGGUGCAGUUAGUUUCAACAGUCACCCUCCUCAACCCACCCAUCCCUCCAUGUAAGGUGCCUUCUGUAAGACCAAGGAUCGGGUUUUGGUGGUUCUCUGAGGGACAAACACACCUGCACUACUGCAGUAGAUUUGCACUCUUCACUUUCUCAAGAGAUAAAUGAGCGUGGUCACCAUAAUGAUGUGUCCUGUGUUUUGUAAUGGGGCUCUCAAUUUAUCUCCAUGUUCUUUUAGGAAUACUUACUUACCAUAUAUAUUUUUAACCAGAUUGAUAGGCGUUGUUGUCUGGCAAUAUACAGUAGAAAUCAGAAGUUUACAUACACUUUGGUUGAAGUCAUUAAAACUAAUUUUUUAACCACUCCACAGACUUCAUAUUAGCAAACUACUUUUUACAUUUUACAUACUCUAAGUUAACUGUGCUUUUAAGCAGCUUGGAAAAUCAUGUUAGAGGAAGUUUAAGCUUUGUCACAAAUGGGUCUUCCAAAUGGACAAUGACCUCAAGCAUACCUCCGAAGUUGUGGCAAAAUGGCUUAAGGACAACAAAUUCAAGGUAAUGGAGUUGCCAUCACAAAUCUCUGACCUCAAUCAGAUAGAAAAUUUGUGGGCAGAACUGAAAAAGCAUGAGCGAGCAAGGAGGCCUAUAAACCUGACUCCGUUACACCAGUUCUGUCUGGAGGAAUGGGCCAAAAUUCCAGCAACUUAUUGUGAGAAGCUUGUGGAAGGCUACCCAAAAUGUUGGACCCAAGUUAAACAAUUUAAAGGCAAUGCUACCAAUUACUAACAAAAUGUCUGUAAACUUCUGACCCACUGGGAAUGUGAUGAAAGGAAUAAAAGCUGAAAUAAUGAAUUAUCUCUACUUUUAUUCUGACAUAAAAUAAAGCAGUGAUCCUAACUGACCUAAGACAGGGAAUGUUUUCUACAAUUAAAUGUCAGGAAUUGUGAAAAACUGAGUUUAAAUGUAUUUGGCUAUGGUGCAUGUAAACUUCUGACUUCAACUGUAUCAAAUAUGUGUGACCUGCUCCAUCAUGUUGAGUUAAUUUGACCGAAAAACACAUUUCGAUUUUUAUGCGCAAGUAUAAAGUAAAGCCUGAGUCAACAGUGUGCAGUAGAAAUGAGAUUUUUCUUUCUUACUUUAAGACUCAUAAGGACGGAGCAUGUCACAUAUAGUUGUGCUCAUAUGUUUACAUACACUGUAUUGUUUUUAAAUAACAGAUAUCAUAAAAUUGUUUUGUUUUAAUUAGUACUGCCCAGGAGAAGCUGCAUAAGAGAUAUUUAAGUAUAUCAUAGAAGACAAAAUAACAAGAGUGUGUAAACAUUGGAACAGGAUAGUUUGUGUAAAUUCAGUUAUCAUUUUGUCUAGUGGAAUAUAUUAAAUUUAUGUUUUGUGAAAUAGUAAAGUCAGUACUGUACAAAUACAGUACAAACAAAAAUCAACAACAAAACAUUUUUUGUAUGAUACCUCAUUUUAAAUUAUAAGCUUCUUGCAGAUUCUUCAAACGGUUUGUAAACAUAUAAGCUGAAUUGCAUACAAUACUGCUUUUCUAUUGUAACUUUCUUAACCUCUUAGUAAGCAAUAGAAUUUUGCAGAUGAGCAUUGGAAUUGCCAAAAAAUGUAAGACACUACAUGCAUCUGAACAAGCACCUCUGCACUUUGAUGAAUGAGACUGACUUAACACAACAUGAUUUGCCUGUACACAAGUAGCAUGAUGUAUGGUUGAAGAAAUGAGAUGAGGUUGCACAAAUGUGUUUUAAAUAAAUUAAUUGUAUACAUCGAGAUAUGUAACUUGAUCAGAUGUACUGGUAAUAAUGAAAAAGGUCUGAUAUUUAAUUUCAGAAAUACAACUUAAGAAUUAUUUAACACUUUUUACGGGGUAAUUUUGCCAUUAAAGCUUUUGAGAGUGUUUUCUGUUGCAAAUUUAGAUCCAUUAAGCAAUUAUUAAAUAUGAAAAUGUAUGUUUUGAUUAAGUAUAUGUGUGUGUAUAUAUAUAUAUAUAUAUAUAUAACUGUUAGAUGAAGCAAUAACAGGCCGAUCUGUCAAUGUUGAUCAGCUGGUCAUUUUAGAAAGUACUCUGCACGUAGAACCAGUGAUCCUAUUGAUACUGUGCUAAAGACCUAACGUUUUUAGAACCAUCUCAAAUAGAAAUCACACACCAUGAAAAGGUAGAACUGGAUAAUCUUUAAUAUAAAGAUUAUAUAUUACAUCAGUAUUAUCAGCUGUAUACUGACAGAAAAUACAAUUAAGUAUUUAUUAAAAAAAAAAUCAAUGGACAUUCAAGUGCUCCUACAGUGCUUGAAUGCAAGCCUGUGUGGUGAGAUGUCUCUCACCACACAGGCUUGAGAAAUCUACAUAAAUCUUCAAUAGAAUGACUUUGCAUUUCCAUUUAUAUUUUAAAAGCUGACCAGUUACACUGUAAACAAUUUUUACCACAUCCAUACUCUUUACUGUGUAUUUGUUGUUUGUAUCAUAUUUCACAAAUUAAUAUUAAUUUUGUAGUGAAGCGUAAUAAAC